CCUCCAUUAUUACUCUCUCUCUCUCUCUCUCCCUUUGUCCCCGCUGUCACUUCCCCUUCUCUCACCGACACCGACGCUUUCCCCUCCUAAUAUUUUCCCGCUUUCUUCUCCAUUUCCAUUUCCAUUCACCAUUCUUCUCUGAGCGCCAUGGAUUCUCCCUCCAAUGGCGUCUCUCUCAUUUUCCUCUUUCUCUCCCUUCUUUCCCUUUCCCCAUUCUCCUCCGCCGCCCUCCGCCGUGACCCACUUCCCAAAUCCCCUUCCUCUACCGCCACUCCGAUCAAUUCCAACUCCAUCCUCGUCGCCCUUCUUGAUUCCCACUACACUGAACUUGCAGAGCUCGUUGAGAAAGCCCUGUUGCUCCAAACCCUAGAGGACGCCGUUGGGAACCACAAUCUCACCAUUUUUGCGCCCAGAAAUGAAGCCUUAGAACGCGAAUUGGACCCUGAGUUUAAGCGAUUCCUUCUCGAGCCACGGAAUUUGAAAUCCCUUCAAACCCUUUUGAUGUCUCACAUUGUUCCUAAAAGGGUUGGGUUCAAUCAAUGGCCUCAACACAGUUCUUCGCCGAUUCGACAUCGGACAUUAGGGGAUUCCCAUUUGGAUUUGAAGAACUCCGAUUCCGGUAAGAGAAUCGUUGAUUCUGCCGAGGUUGUUCGUCCUGAUGAUGUUGUUCGUCCCGAUGGUGUGAUCCACGGAAUCGAACGGCUACUGAUUCCCCGUUCUGUGCAAGAGGAUUUCAACCGACGGAGAAAUUUGCAGUCGAUUUCCGCCGUUUUGCCGGAAGGUGCACCGGAAGUCGACCCACGUACCCACCGGUUGAAGAAACCGGCUCCAUCAGUCCCCGCCGGAGCGCCACCCGUUUUGCCAAUCUACGACGCUUUAGCUCCAGGCCCUUCUCUCGCUCCUGCACCAGCUCCCGGCCCCGGAGGACCCCACCACCACUUCGACGGUGAGCGGCAGGUGAAGGAUUUCAUCCAAACGCUGCUACAUUACGGCGGCUACAACGAGAUGGCUGACAUUUUAGUGAAUUUAACAUCUCUGGCUACAGAGAUGGGGAGAUUAGUCUCAGAAGGCUAUGUUCUUACAGUCCUCGCUCCAAACGACGAAGCCAUGGCGAAGCUGACAACAGAUCAGCUGAGCGAACCAGGGGCACCGGAGCAGAUCAUAUACUACCAUGUAAUCCCGGAGUACCAAACAGAGGAAAGUAUGUACAAUGCCGUACGGCGAUUCGGGAAAGUCCGGUACCAAACGCUCCGGCUCCCACACGCCGUCAUGGCACAGGAGGCCGAUGGGUCAGUGAAAUUCGGACAAGGUGAAGGCUCUGCAUAUCUGUUCGACCCCGACAUAUACACAGAUGGUCGGAUUUCAGUGCAGGGCAUUGAUGGUGUUCUGUUUCCAUUGGAGGAGGACAAACCUGCAGAGAAGAAAUCAAAUUCAGCUCUUAAAGUUGCAACUAAACCAAGAAGAGGGAAGCUGAUGGAACUUACAUGUAGUAUGCUUGGAGCCUUUGGACAGGACUCUCAUUUCUCUUCAUGCCAAUGAAAAUAAAAGCUAUCAAUGUUCAUACCCUCAAAAAACAAGAAAAAUAACGUCCAAAGGACGAGUAAAGUAAAUGCUAUUAAAUGGGGGUGUUUGUAAAGCGUUUAGUGGAGUGGAAAGAUGAUUGGGGAGCAAGAAAAUGCAGAAAUUUUCUCGAGAAAAUCCGCAGAGGAUGAUUUGAGUCUUUUUUAUUUUUUAUUUUUUUUUAUUUUACAUUGUUAGGUAAAUACACUGUAAUUACAGAAUAUAAAUAUUUUUUUUUCCUUUAAAUUUUUAAUUUUUGGGUUAAUA